GAGUCCCGCGCCUGCGCAGUCCGGUUCGCCGGCCUGGGUGAGGGCCGGUGCCGGUGUCCGUGUGCCGCUUCUCGCUUCCCGCUCUCCCUUUUCUCGGUGCUGACUCCGUCCUCCUCGGCUCCGAUUUAACCGCUGCUUCCGACCGCCUUUUCGGUGCAGCUGUGACCGCCCAGCAUUGAAGGGGAGGAGGCAAAAGUGCGGGGCGGGGGAGGAGGGCGGCCUGGAGCGGUGCUGCUCGUCUUUGCCAAAGCUCCGGUCCCUGCGGCCCCUGUCGGGGAAGGGGUGGGAAGGUGAAGAAAAGCAGCAGCUGCCUUGCUGCGGUCUCUGGACGGUCCGUGCCCGGCGGGCACUGCGCUAGCCCUGGGGCGGCUUCUGCCUCCUUUCCUUGGACUCUGGGCGUGGGGAGUGAGGGAAGGAAGGAGCCUGCGGCGAUUCCUGGACCCGCGAGUUCCUCGCACCCGUGUAAGGCGGGGAGGGGAGAGGGGAGCAGUCUCCCUCUCUCUAUAAAGGUGUUUUGGUGCUGCAGCAGGCUGGCCCGCAGAGCCGGAGAAUAAAAAUGGGAACUCCUGGAUCAGGACGGAAGAGAACUCCUGUGAAAGACAGGUUUUCUGCAGAAGAUGAAGCUCUGAGUAACAUUGCCAGAGAGGCAGAAGCCAGGCUUGCAGCCAAACGGGCAGCUCGAGCAGAAGCAAGAGAUAUACGGAUGAGAGAGCUGGAGCGGCAGCAAAAAGAGCUUUCUCAGCAUUCAUAUGAUAGAAAAUGGGCUCAUAUCCAGAAAUGGAUGGAAGAUUCAGAGAGGGCCAGGUAUUCUCACCGGUCCAGUCGACAUUCCUAUUUGAGUUCUUUGGAUGUCAGUGGCUCUCACAGGAGCAGAGCAAGUACUUCCAGGAGGAGAGAUUUUGUGUGUGACAGUGCUAAGGAUAGAUCUGCAAGAUACUCGGCCCCUAGUUAUGGUUACAGUGAAUCUCACAGUUCAAAGAAGAAAGCCGGUCACUCACAUAGAGAUUUAUUGAGUGGAAUUUACUACGAUCAAAGAAAUUAUAGCAGCCUUAGAUAUAGUAAACCAGUUUCUUCCUACCAUACUCGGUCAUCUUCUCUAUGCAGUGAUCCAGUGGCAACAACUAGGAGUUACAGGGUGUCUCCUUCUGUAAACACUGGUUUGAUAAGAAGUAUCAGUUUGGCAUCAUUGAGUGGUGAUGGAUUACAUAGCUCAUAUAGUUCUCACACUCCAUCUGAAUACAGUUAUUCCUCAAGAGCAAGCUCUGUUCGAAGUAGUCCUGUGUCCUCUGAUUUUUCUGAUCAAAGUGAAACUGCUGCUGACUAUUUCAGUCGUUCCAACCGCAGGGGAAGCAUUGUUUCCGAUGCAGAUGAUGCCCAAGGUUUGAAUAGUCUGGAAGAAAAGAAUGAAAAGUCCCAUUCAGAAAUCUUUUCAAGGCCAUCAUCUCGCAAUUCAGUAAGUGCAACUCCUCUGAGUGGCAACUCAUCUAGGAGAGGAAGUGGAGACACGAGUAGUUGGGUGGAUCCUGAUGCAUCUCUCAGUGAAUUACGGGAUAUCUAUGAUCUUAAGGACCAGAUACACGAUGUAGAAGGGAGAUACAUGCAGGGACUUAAGGAACUAAAGGAUUCGCUAGCUGAAGUUGAGGAGAAGUACAAGAAAGCUAUGGUUUCCAAUGCUCAACUAGAUAAUGAGAAAAACAACUUGGUUUACCAAGUGGAUACCCUAAAAGAUGUCAUUGAGGAGAAAGAAGAACAGAUAGCAGAGUUCUAUAGGGAGAAUGAAGAGAAAUCAAAGGAAUUGGAAAGACAGAAACACACGUGCAGUGUUUUGCAGCAUAAGCUGGAUGAACUUAAAGAAGGCCUUCGACAGAGAGAUGAAUUGAUAGAGGAGAAUCAACGCAUGCAGCAGAAUAUAGACUCCAUAACCAAAGAGGUGUUUGAUCUCCAGGAGACAAUUAAUUGGAAAGAUAAAAAAAUAGGGGCCCUAGAAAGACAGAAAGAUUACUUUGACUGCAUUAAGAAUGAGCGAGAUGAGCUCAGAGAGGAGUUGGCUGACCUGAAGGAAACAAUGAAGAGAGGAGAGAAACAUGGAUUAGUUAUAAUCCCAGAUGGCACACCAAACGGUGAUGUAAACCAUGAAUCAGUGGUUGGUGCUAUAACAGUUGUAUCACAGGAAGCUGCUCAAGUCUUGGAAUCUGCAGGAGAAGGACCACUAGAUAUCCGGCUACGAAAACUGGCUGGAGAAAAAGAGGAAUUACUGUCACAGGUCAGAAAACUGAAGAUGCAAUUGGAAGAAGAACGACAGAAAUAUUCUAAAAGUGAUGGCAUGAAUCCAGAUAUCAUAGGCUUAGAGAAUGGCUCUGACUUGCAACUAAUUGAAAUGCAGAGAGAUGCCAACAGACAAAUUAGUGAAUACAAAUUUAAGCUUUCAAAAGCUGAACAAGAUAUUACAACCUUGGAACAAAAUAUUGCACGACUUGAGGGGCAGGUUACAAGGUAUAAAAAUGCAGCAGAAAAUGCAGAAAAAGUAGAAGAUGAACUCAAAGCUGAAAAGAGGAAGCUUCAGCGGGAGUUAAGAACAGCACUGGAUAAGAUAGAAGAGAUGGAGAUGACCAAUAGCCAUUUAAUGAAAAGGCUGGAGAAGAUGAAGGCGAAUAGGACUGCGCUUUUAUCUCAACAGUGAAGUGGAAAUUGAAAAUACAAUGCACUGCUCCUUGAAUAACUAGCCCCUAGCUUGUUUUUAAAUACAGACUUUCAUUGGCACAAAUUAUUUGAACACUGAGCUGUUCACUGGUGUUUUAGUUUCAUGAUUAAAUGGCAUACUUCUUUUUGUAACUUAUGAGAGAAUGAAAUGUAGUUUGAAUUCCCAUGUGAAUGACAGCAAUUUUUCUGUAGCGUUUGAUUCCAGAGUCAGAGCUGGAGCACAAUGCUGUAUGUGCAACUUUGCAAUAGAAAAUGGUUUUACAGCUGUGGAAUCCAGUUUACUCACUAUCUCUUUUGGCUGCUUUAAUGAUGCUUGAUGCUCGGAGACAACUGCAUGAAUUCAAGAAAACACUGUAUUACUGUAUUAUAAACUAACGUAUAUUUGCUCAAGACAUCACACAGCACAAGUGCCUUUUAUCUGGUGCAAUUUAGACUUCAUUGUUGAAAUAACCUUUGAAAUCAGAUAACAUUUUAUUUUAAAAUACAUCUGGGGUAUUCACUAAACUUUAUACAUUUUGAAAAUGCAUUUUUGUAAAAUAUUUAAAUUUAUAAGAAAAGAAUAGGGAGUGUAUAUAAAAAUCUGCUUUUUUUGCAUGGGCACAUCUGAGUUCUAGGUAAUUUUGUCAAAUACUAGGCCCUGAUACUCUUAGUAUUAAGAGUACAGAUUUUAAAACUUUUGUUGUACACCAUCAAAUUAUGUCAUCUGCUUAAGUGUGAAUUGAAAUUUUGGGGUGGGAGGAAGGGGUGGGAAAUGUGGCUAAGGAGUUUAUUAAAUGGACACUUUACUGACCAAAA